AUGUCUCGAAGAUGUGACUCCAGGACCACUAUAUUUUCUCCAGAAGCAGAGGGAUGCAGCAUCCGCAAGCUUCUUGAUGAAGUCUUUUUUUCUGAUAUUUAUAAAUUCAAUGAAGACAUGACUUACUGUGUGGCAGGCAUAAUUUCUGAUACUAAUGUUCUGACUAAUGAACUCAGGCUCAUUGUUCAACAGUAUUUAUUACAGUAUCAGGCUUUUCCUUGUGAGCAGCUGGUUACAGCACUGUGUGAUAUCAAACAAGCUUAUACACAGUUUGAGGAAAUAUGUUCCUUUGGUGUUUCACUGUUGUACAUUGACUGGGAUAAGCACUAUGACUUUCAGCUCUAUGGAAGCAACCCUUGCGGAAAUUAUGGGGGAUGGAAUGCCACAUGCUUUGGAAAUAACAGUGCUGCAGUUGUGUCAAUAUUGAAACAAGACUACAAAUAAGGAGAAAUGACUCUGAAGUCAGCACUUGCUUUAGCCGUCAAAGUCAUCAAUAAAACCAUGGAUGUUAAACUCUCUGCUGAAAAAGUGGAAUUUGCUGCACUAACAAGAGAAAGUGGAAAGAUGGUUAUCAGAAGAAAAAAGUGGAAAGAUGGUUAUCAGUUGAUCAAAAAACAUGGAGAAGAAGAAGCUAAGGCUGAGCAUGAAAAGAAAGAAAAAGAACAAAAAAAGAUAAAUAGAAUCUUGACAACCAUGAAGCUUCUCAUUUUUACCUGCCUCAUGGCUGUUGCCCUUGCCAAGCCUAAUGAACCAGACAGCACAGAGGAGGUCCUCAAACAAAGAAAGUUUUUCAAGUUUGCUCUGUCUAUACCAGGAGAGAUAAGAAAGCAAAAGAUACUUAGCAGUAGCUCAUCAAGUGAGGAAGUUGUUCCCACUAGCACUAAGCUUGAUGUCUAUCCCUAUGCUGUUUGGUAUUAUCCUCCACAAAUUAUACAGUAUAUUCCUAACUUACCAUUCUAUGACAUCACUAAACCCAUCACUUCUGAGAACAUUGAGAAAACUGACAUUACGUCAGAGUAG